GCUCACCCCUACGCGCGUUUAUACACGCGCAAGGAAGGUGCGAAGCGGCGCAAGAUGUGGAACCACGCCCUCGAAAAGUCGGUCUUCACGCCGCAGGAGAUUUCUACGAUGGGGGCUCCCCACCGACGUACCAUUUAUACCGCUAGCCUCGAAGCGCAUAUCGACCGUCUUCACACCCAGCUGCUCAACUACGCGCUGUUCCCGGUUCCAUUCGAGAAGCUCGAGUGCUUCCGCGGAUUGAACACUAAAACCGCAAAGAGUAUGGUGGCCGGUUUGCAUCGCGAUAUGGCCGAGUUGCGCAUGAAGCGUCUCGAGCUGGAACGCGCCGUGAGCUUGCUUCCCCUGCAUGGCUUCCGAACACAGACUGAGCGAUACGCAGAUGCAUGGUCUCCGUAG